AUGAAGACCACCGUAGUGUUGCUCGCCCUUGUGGCGGUGCUCUCCGCUGAGGUUUUCAAGAUGGAAACCUCCAACGCGGGAUCGCUCCGUGCCAAGCUCAUCCGCUCAGGACAGUACCACCAGUUCCUGCAAGACCAGCACCUGCGCCGCUCCCAGCUCAACACUGGUAGCCAGCCUUUCAUCGAUUACUACGAUGACUUCUACCUCGGCAACAUUACUGUCGGAACUCCUCGUAAGUUUUCAAUUGUCGGAAUAAGUUAAAGCGUUAUUUCGCUCAAAAUCUAUAACUUUCUUCAAAAAAAAAAAAUUCAAAAAGAAGUAUCUUUUUCAGCCCAGACAGUGACGAUCGUCCUCGACACUGGAUCUUCCAACUUGUGGGUCAUUGACGCCGCUUGCACUUCUCAGGCUUGCAACGGAUACCCCAACUCUGGCUACACCAAGCACAAGUUCGACACCACCAAGUCGUCGACCUUCCAGACUGAGACCAAGAAGUUCUCGAUCCAGUACGGCUCUGGCUCAUGCAGUGGACACCUCGGCAAGGACACCAUCACCUUCGGUGGUCUGACCGUCCAGACCCAGGAAUUCGGAGUUGCCAACCAUCUCGCUGAAGUCUUCGGCUACCAGCCAGUCGACGGAAUCCUCGGUCUCGGCUGGCCAUCGCUCGCCGUCGACAAGGUCGUUCCUCCCAUGCAGAACGUUCUCUCUCAGCUCGACCAGCCGAUCUUCACCGUCUGGCUUGACCGCAAGCUUGCCCUCAGCAACGGAGGCAACGCCGGUCUCAUCACCUACGGAGCUCUCGACAACGUCAACUGCGCCGCCACCGUCAACUACGUUCCUCUGUCCGCUGAGACCUACUGGCAGUUCCCCAUCGACGGAUUCUCGUGCGGAACCUUCUCUGAGACCAAGAAAGACCAGGUCAUCUCCGACACCGGCACAUCCUGGAUCGGAGCCCCCAACAGCGUUGUCUCCGGAGUCGUCAAGGCCACCGGCGCCAGCUACGACUGGGAGAACGAGCUCUACACCGUCCCAUGCAGCAAGCAGACUUCUCUGCCCGACCUUGUCUUCACCAUCGGAGGCCAGAAAUACAACGUCCCCUCGGUUGAGUACGUUCUCGACCUCCAGCUCGGCAACGGAAAGGUUGAAUAGUUCCUUUCUUUCAAAUGUACUAAUCCGAUGACAUUUCAGUGCGCUCUGACUUUCUUCGGAAUGAGCGGCGGCGGCUUCUCGCCAUCGUGGAUUCUCGGAGACACCUGGAUCCGAACCUACUGCAACGUUUACGACAUCGGACAGAAGCGCAUUGGUUUCGCCAAGGCCAACCACAACCUCUAA